AUGUCACAUCACCAUCCCCGGCCCUCGUUUCCCACCCCGUCCGCUCGACAUGCACCACCACCAACAACACCCUCGGGCGGUGGCCGUCCGUUGAAUCCGGCCCAGAAGAUCCCUCCAGGCGCAAGUGGAAGUGGAAUUGGCGGACGCAAGAUUCGACCAUUGAUCUACGCCAUCGGCGUUGCGGGCAUAGUAUGCUCGGGAGCCCUGAUCGGAGCAAUAUUGAAGACCUCUAGAGAGCAUCAGCAAGAGGCGCCGCAAAAGACCCAAGUUGAACAACUACCGCAGGAAAGUCCUCGGCAACAGCAGGCCGACGCAGUCAAACCCGACUAUGCCAAGUACAUCCAGACACUGGAAACAAAACGUGGGCAUCUUCUCGGUCAGAAGAUCCAAUUGGAAAGAAAAAUCCAGGAUCUCCAUGAGAGUCAGCGCAGAAGGGCGGAAGAGGAGGCAAUCAAGAAAGAACUUGGAAUGAAGAAGUGA